AUGGAGGAAAAUGCUGCCAGUCAAACUGACGAACGACACGUCUUUGACCGCCUUGUUCUUGCGAACGGCCAGCUCAGCACGCCCCACAAGAUUGAUAUCAAGGGAAUCGAGAAGUUUGAGGGCGAUGCAGUGCACUCUGUGCAGUUUAAGGACCCGUCCAGAUACGAAGGAAAAAACGUCCUAAUCGUGGGUGUCGGAGCCACAGGCGCGGACACACAGUCUUUCCUUCAGAAAGCCAAGGCUCGCUCUGUCCACAUGAGCCACCGUGGUCAAUACUACUUGAGUGCAGAACAUCGCAUCCCCGUGUUUUCCAGCAAUCUUGCCGAAAACCUCAGAGACGGUGUUACCAAGAGUGUCCAGGGUGUCAGCGAAGUCACUGGCCCCAGAUCUGUGGCCUUUACUGAUGGUACUGUUCUUCAUGAUAUCGAUGCGAUUAUCAUUUGCACAGGAUACCACUUCGACUUCUCUCUUCUCAGGGAUGCUGGCGAUCCCACUGAUCCCACCAAAGCACCUGAUCAUUACGAGCGCAUCAACGCGGCAAGAUACAAAGACCCGCACGUCAGCUUCCCCCGUCUGUACCGUGGGUUCAUUUCUGAGCAGUACCCCGAGUCUCUCGCAGUAAUCGGUCACUUCCUCCUAGCCAAGCCAACCUUCGUACUGAACGAUCUCGCAACGAUGGCCCUCGCUAGCAUUUGGAGCGGAGCCGCUCCACUACCUACUCGUGAAGAGAUGGCGCGAGACAUCAACAGCCAUUACGACACUAUUGUGAGUACCCUUAAACGCGGGCCGGUGCCCCAUAUGGGGUUCCGGAUGUUUGGCAGUAAGAACUACGAGUGGGUAAACAAGGUUGCCGGGACUGGGGUAACGGAUCGACUGGCGUGCUUCAGCCUUGAGGCAUGGAAGCUCUGGUGGAACGAUCGCACAUUCUACAAUCUGCUCAUGGAUGGCGUUGAUGAGCCAGCGGUCUAUCGGCUUUUCGAAACUGGGCGGGGCCGGAAACCUUGGUCUGGAGCGCGGGAACAGAUUCUCAAAACAAACGAUGAGGUGAAUCAGAUGGCUGAGAAGUGGAAGAAAGAAAACAGUCCAAAGUCAAAGUGA